AUGUCCUCGCCAUUGAAGGUGAGUGGUGAGGAUAAAAAGGAUACUGAGAAGGUGAGUGGAAAUAGACAUGUUGGAGGUGGAAGUGCUGGAGUGAGUGGUAAAGAGUGGAAGGGCUCUAGAUUGGAAAUUUUAGUGGAGAUGGGAAUGGGGAGGGGAUUAAGUGUACCUGGAGAUGCUAGCCCGCAUGAGCAGAAAAUAUUGAAGGAGAAGGAGGAGAAAGAAAGGUUGAGGAAGGAGAAAGAAGAAGAGGAGAAAAAGGCACAAGAAGAGAAGGAGGAGCAGGAGAGAAAGGCGAAAGAGGAGGAGGAACAAAGGAAAGAAGAUGAAGAAGACGCAGAGGAAGAAGUGGAUGAGGAGAAAGGGGUUGAAAAUGAAGAGACUGAGGAAGACACAACAAGUGAGAAAGCGGAGGACGAAAACAAGCCCCUCACCCUACAAUCUCUCUGCGAAACCACCACCUUCCAACCGGGCCUCUAUCUGCAAUGUCAUUCUUGGUGUGGCCCCGAAUCAACUUCCAUCUGCGGCGGCCUAAACAACGCGCGCAACCGCGUGCAAACCUGUCUCCGACUAGCUCUCGAUCUCGGCUCCAACAUAAUCCUUCCCACCGUAUCCACUGGACGACAUUGCGAGAAUCCCUCUCUAUUCAGCAGCGAUAGCGUAAGUCCAGAUGUAUAUUUUGAUAUCUCAUAUUUGGUCCAAGAAAUGGGUUCUGUAUGUCCUGAAUUAGAAAUGCGUCGAUGUGGGGAUACUUCUGGGAUUGCCGAGGAACGAAUAAUACAAAUGGGACGGAGACAAUACAUGGAAGGGAAUUAUCAAAUUGGGACGUUUAAAACUGCUGUUGAUGCGCACUUAGAAUCUCUUUCGCUUGUUGAGAUUUCUUCCGAGAAUCCAGUGGCGGUAGGUUUUGGUGAUACGAUGUUUGCAUAUAACUACACGUAUGCCUCAGAGCAAGCACUACAACAACAGCUCUUUCGAACCAUAAAAUACAACCCGGAACUUCUGCAGCUCGGGUCGCAAAUUCGAGAUACACCUCAAUUGCGCGAUGGAUAUAUUGCCGUGCAUCUCCGGGGCGAAGCAGACUGGUCCCCACAUUUCGGUUCUCGCGACCAGCAGAUGGAUUUCUAUACGGAGGAAAUCGAGAACGCAUCUGCUGCCGACGGCGUGGCAGAGGGUAUCAAAACCAUAUAUGUGAGUUGUGGAGAUAGUGACGCGAUUUCUCUAUUCCGUGAGCGGCUCUCCCCACUGGGUUUUCAAGUUUAUGAUAAAUGGGAAUUGGUAUCUGGGCUCCCGGAUCUUCUUAAGAAAUUGCAAGAUAUGGAAUUUGACGCCGCGGCUAUUGUUGAAUAUCCGGUUUUGGUGGAAGCGGGUUUUUUUCUAGGGGUGUGGAUGUCGACGUUUUCGCAGACUAUUGCUUAUGCGCGGGCAGCAGAGGAUGAGGAUGAUUUCUGGGAAACGUAUAUUACACCGGGGAGUAGCCGUAAUGAUAUACGAGGGAGGGAUUGGGAUAAUGUGCCUGCUUUGAAAGGGGAUGAAAAGACGAAGUUAUUGGUGGUCAAUACGGGUGAUAUUAGUGAUAUGGAUGCUUAUCCUUGA